AUGAGAAUCCACUGUAAUAGAGUGAUCAGAUGGAUGACCUCUAAAGCCUUCAAACUAAAAGGCCUCUCUGAACAAGUCCGCAACAACUUCAUCAGAGAUGCUGGAAUAACGCUACAGGCUCGCUUGGCCAGAGAGGAUGAGGAAAAGGCCAGGAAGGAAGCAGAAGAGAAAGCUCGCAUGGAAGAAAAGCAACGGAUAAGAGAAGCUGAAGAAAAGGUUGUUGCUGCUGAGGCUGAGGCACAAGCAAAAGCCGGAGCUAAAGAAGCAGCACACAUUACUGCAGAGGAAGCUGCCAAGGCCAGUGCUGAUGCUCUGACUCAGGGGGAGCAAUCUAACUCUGGUUUUGCCCCUCUGGUCUUAAAGUCUCUGGAGGAACUGCAAAAGGAACAACAUGUGAUACAAGCAAGGUUGGAUCACCAGGAUUCCGUCAACACCAACAUUCAGAAUCAGCUGACUCAGCUACUCCAAAGGAUGCCUCCACCCCUAAACCCUUAG